AUGUUUUUGAAAACUGAUUCUCAUGAACUCCGUCCCGAAAUCAACUCUUCAACCUCAAGCUCUAAUGAGAUCAAUUUGCAGAGGCUCGAUAUUUCUGCCCUCAAUCUAGAUUCCUAUGCGAUCCUACAGCAUGUUCAGUUUCCGAACCAUCGAAUUCGUAUCAAGAAGACUGUGUUUUGUGACCCUACCGUGAAUGUCUACACUGGAUACUUAGACGUUGAUGCGGGUGCCAAGCACCUUUUCUUCUAUUUUUUCGAAAGCAGAGGUGAUCCUGCGAGAGACGAUGUUAUGAUGUGGAUCAAUGGCGGACCUGGUUGCUCAUCCUCGACGGGACUCUUAAUGGAACUAGGACCUUGCAGUAUUGACAUGAACUCGACGUCGAGUAAUGGCACCCUUUGGAAUCCUUACUCCUGGAACCAGGCGGUCAAUAUUUUCUUCUUGGACCAACCUGUCGGAGUCGGUUUCUCAUACGCUGACUACGGGAAAACCAUACAAACCACCGAAGAGGCCGCAAAAAAUGUCCAUGCUUUCAUCACCAUUUUUUUUGAAACUUUCACCCAGUUCAGUGGAAGACCAUUACAUCUCUCAGGAGAAUCGUAUGGGGGAAGAUAUCUUCCUGUCUUUGCUAGUGAAAUAUAUGAUCAGAACAUCAUUGCAAGACAAGAAGGGAGGACAGAGUUGAAUUUACAGAGUGUCAUUAUUGGCAAUGGCAACACCGGUAUCUCAACCCUGUAUCGUGGCCGAUACGAGAUAGAAUGUGGUACAGCGGCUUUGGAAACGCCAGUACAAUCCAUAAGCAAAUGCGUUAGAAUGAAGACGGCACUUCCUCGAUGCCAGCAGCGCACGCGACAUAGCUGCCUGGAUCAGUUUGACCUGAUUGACUGUCGUGCAGCAAUCAAUUUCUGUGAUAGUGAGAUAUCUGCAGGAAUGUGGGCCAGUGGUCGCAACGUGUAUGAUAUCUCUAAAAUGUGCGUUGGGGACAGCUUAUGCUACGAUGAAAUUACUGCUAUCAAAGAGUACCUGGAUAUGCCCAAAACUCGGGAAUUACUAGGUGUUGAAACGACUAAUAAUUUCACCUCUUGUUCUCCAGAUGUAGGUGCUGAUUUCGGGAUACAUAUGGAUAAAUAUAACACCCCGACCCAAUUUCACGUGGCCGGGCUCUUGGACAGAGGUGUUCGUAUCCUGAUCUAUGCUGGAACCUAUGAUUGGCAGUGUAAUUGGAUAUCCAACAAGAUGUGGGUUGAUGCAUUGGAAUGGAGUGGGUCCGAUGAGUAUAGCAGAACGCAAUGGAGAGAUUGGGCUGUUCAAGGGCGGGUAGCAGGAGAAGUGAAGGCUACUCCGUUGCUGACGUUCGCCACUGUAAGAGGAGCGGGACAUAUGGAAAUGCAGGUCCCGCACGAUAAACCAGAAGAGUCCCUUGUGAUGAUAAAGAAGUGGUUAAGACACCAAAGUCUAUAA